AUAUUUUUAAAUACAUUGUGAACAUCAUUUGACUGACACAUUGAUAUGAUGUGUCACCCAUGAUAAUAAUACUCACACUAAUAUGCCACGCCACUAUCAUUUCCUUUUACAUGCAGGUCGAUGACUGCCGUAAACAUGCAUUAGCAAAUUAUCUAUUUAUGUCACAGUAUUUAAGUAAAGAAUAACAGCUAACCAACUUUGUGUACAGUGAUUAAAACAGUGUAAAAGCAAAAUAAACUAUCCUUUUAUGAAAAGCGUAGAAAUAUAGGAAAAUGUAUGCUAAAACUACUUAUACAAGAUCAGAUGCAGAAGAUGCAAAACAGGAUGAAGAACUUAUGCGACAAAUAUGGCGAAUGGAAGAAGUGUAUGAAAAAUUUAUAAACAUGGAAGGUGAUUCGAACGAUAAUGAAGAUAGCCGAUCAGAAUCUGUUAGCAGCAAUACUCAGUCUCGAAAAUUUUAUAGGGCUACUCAUCAUAGGAUUUUUGUGAAUCGUAGUUUACAUUUGGAAAAAAUUAAAUUUUUUGGCUUUGACAUGGAUUAUACAUUAGCACAAUAUAAAAAUCCUGAAUAUGAAGCACUUCAAUUUCAAUUAAUUAGGGAUAGACUAGUCUCAAUUGGAUAUCCUCCUCAGAUUAAAGAUUUUCAAUAUGAUCCAGCUUUUCCUAUUAGAGGCUUAUGGUUUGAUAAAACUUAUGGAACGCUUAAUAAAGUAGAUGCCUAUGGAAAUAUAUUGGUUUGCAUUCAUGGUUUCAAGUUCUUAAAGACUUCAGAGAUAUAUAAUCUUUAUCCGAAUAAAUUUCUCCAACUUGAUGAAAAAAGAGUUUAUGUUAUGAACACUUUAUUUAACUUGCCUGAGGCUUAUCUGCUGGCUUGUUUAAUUGAUUACUUCACCAACUCAUCUCAGUACAUACCAGGAAAAAAUGGAAUUAAAAGUGGAAAUAUUUUCAUGUCUUACACAUCUAUUUUCCAAGAUGUAAGAGAUUCUAUUGACUGGGUUCAUAUGCGGGGGUCAUUAAAGGAUGAAACUGUUAAUAAUCCUUCGAAAUAUUUGGUCAAGGAGGAACGCCUGCCUAUGCUUUUUGAUCGAAUGCAUGAAGCUGGAAAAAAAUCUUUCCUUCUUACUAACAGUGAUUAUGCCUACACCGCACAAAUUAUGUCGUACUUAUUUGAUGUCCCCUCGGGAAAUGGAAGAGAUUGGAAGGAAUACUUUGACUAUAUAGUUGUUGAUGCAAAGAAACCAGGCUUUUUUGGUGAAGGAACUAUUUUGCGCCAGGUUGACACUGAAACUGGCUCUCUUAAAAUUGGCAUUCAUGUUGGCCCUCUUUCUCCAGGACAAGUAUAUUCUGGAGGUAGCUCAGAUGUCUUCAAAUCUCUUAUUAAAGCUAGUGGCAAGGAUGUUCUUUAUGUAGGUGAUCACAUAUAUGGAGACAUUUUGAAAUCUAAGAAAUCUCGUGGUUGGAGGACCUUCUUAGUUGUUCCAGAGCUUCAAAGAGAAGUUCAUGUAUGGACAUCCAAAUGUGAUUUAUUCCUUAAAAUUCAAGAUCUUGAUGUUCAGCUUGGUGACACUUACAAAGAAAUGGAUUCUAGUUGUCAUGAUACUCCAGAUAUUAGUCAACUGAAGUCAGCCAUUCGUGAAAUCACUCAUGAGUUAGAUAUGUCAUAUGGUAUCUUAGGUAGUACAUUCAGAAGUGAAAGAUGCCUAGAUUUUAAGAGCAUGUGUGGCAGAAAGUUAAAAAAUUUCUGCCACACGGCCAUAGGUUCGAGACAAACUCACUUUGCUAGCCAAAUUUGUCACUAUGCUGAUUUGUAUGCUAGCACAUUUAUGAAUUUGAUGUACUAUCCGUUCAGCUUUAUGUUUAGAGCCCCUCCUAUGCUUAUGCCUCAUGAAUCUACUGUUCAACAUGAAGAAAGGAAUUUCAUAUCAGAUGCAGAAGCUGAGGAGCUGGAUGAAGAGCUCAUUAAAGAGCCAUUGAGAAGACGAUCAAGGCUUGAAACUAGUGAAAGCAAAUCGGUGCCUCAUUUGUUUGCUGAAACACCAAAUGUUGUUACUCAUCACCAUGACACUGAUGAUGAUGAAGAUACUGAUAAAUCUGCUGAAAAUUAAGAAAAAUAAUAUUCAACAAACUCUGUUAGGUUUUUCAAGCUGCAUUUAAAAUAAAUAUUUUCAUUAACUUAUGUGAA